CUUUCUUUCUUUCUUUCUUUCUUUCUUUCUUUAGUCAACUUCAAACACUCUUUCUUCUUUUUAUACAUUUUUUAGAUUUCUUCAAAACGGCAUCGAUUACUCGUUCGCAGAACUUCCUCCUUCUUGUCCUUGUCAUUCUCUUACUCUCUUCAUAUUUUAGCUACACCAUGGCUUCUAUUUCUGCUGAAUUCCAGGCCCUUGGCCAGUCACUACAGAACCUCCGCAAUAUUAAGGGCCAUUGGGAUGGCGGUGAAUCCAAUCCAGCUGUCGACAACUUUAACGGCGAGAAGCACCAGACACUUAUGAAACUGGGCGAAUACUUUGGUAAGCCUGGAACACCAGCAGCAGAUAUUCUGACGACAAUGGGUCAGCCUGAUGAGAUCAGACAAUCAAUGGACGAGGCAUUCCAUGCGUCCCUGAUGCCUGGUCCCGUUGUCGGAGGCACCGGUGGUCCAACUGCGUCUGCCAAUGUCAUGUAUUUCAUCUACAAGUGGCGCGGUAACCACGAUUAUUUGUGGUUCAAGGUCGAUGCCACGACCGAAAAAGUCCUUGAGAGCUCAUGGUACCAUGCAUACGAAUAAAAAGAGAUAUGCAUACACACACAUAAUCCACAUCCACAUCCACAUCCACAUCCACAUCCAUAUUCACGGCAUUGUUCUAACCUAUGCUCCAUCACUUUUGAAGAAAAAGGGAGGAACAUGUACAAAUCAAGC